CCGGGCGCGGGAUGGCCAGAACCGUCCAAUGGAGAGCUGCUGCUCUGGGGCGGGAUGGCGUGCGGGGAGGCGGGGAGCUCGGCGCACCCCAGGAUCGGGGCCGCCCGCUGAGUGCCCCACGGGGAGAGAUGGAGACCCCGAGCUGCCUCCAGCCCGCCGGCCUCCGGAAUCUUACGCCCAGGGCGCGGGUUUCCGUCCGGAGCGCUUUCGGGAGGACUCCGAAGCGUCUCCCGGCAGCCCGGCCGCUUCCCCCGCAGCGGAGGAGCCUCUGGAAGCUACUGCACCGGGAUUGGGCUGGGGUGGGGCGAGGCCGAGAGACCCCCGCCCCCAUCCCCGCCCGGAGGAGGCUCCGGGUAACCAGGGACGCUGAGGGAGAUUCCCCGAGCUGAGCUGCGGCGGGAGAGCCAGCCCCUGCCCUCUGGGGAGGGGGAAGACGGACUCUUUGCUAGCCACGUCCUGGAGGCCAAAGUUCCAGAUUCCUUCGGUGCAGCCCCAGCGCCAGAAGCACCAACCCGCAGAGGGGAGAGAUGACAGGAAGGCACAAGAGGGCCAAUGAGAGCAGACAUGGCGGAGCCUGGGAGGCCCAGGGGGCCCCGGAGGUGGCUGCAGCGUGCAGGAUCUGAGGAGAGCUAAAUGGAAAGUCUCCCUGGGACCAGCUCUCUGUCCUGAUGCGGCCGCAGCCCCCAGGACCCCUCAUCCUCCCUGGAGAAGGCCAUGGAUGCCCCCCCUUCAAAGGCAGCUUCUUUUCCCAAGCCAGACCCUUCCGCCGCUUCCAUGUCUCCCUCCCCCAGGCUGGGCCGGUACCUGCUCAUUGACGCCAACGGGGUGCCUUACAUUUACACUGUGCUGGUGGAGGAGGAGCCCCCCCGGGUGGGCCCCAAGGGGGAGGCCGGCCCGGCCCCCCGGAAAGGCUACAGCUGCCCCGAGUGCGGCCGGCUCUUCGAGAGCCCCUGCAGACUGCAGAGCCACAGGAUCUCGCACUCAGACCUGAAGCCUUUCGUCUGCGGGGCCUGUGGGAAGGCGUUCAAGCGCUCCAGCCACCUAUCGCGACAUCGCUCCAUGCACCAGCCGGAGGGCAGCCGAUGCCAUGCGUGCCCCCUGUGCCCGCGGCGCUUCCGGGACGCCGGAGACCUGGCACAGCACUUCAGGGGCCACUAGGGCCGCCCCGAGUGCUCGGACCAGGGUUUGAGCAACUGGCUUCCGACCUUGGGGCUCUCAUCCCUGCCGGGAGGGGGCUGGAGCCGCUGCUUCCAGGGACAGGAAGGGCUGGCUGGCUGUCGGCCGUCAGAACCAGAAGUUCAGGCCUUGAGCCUCAGCUUCUCCCCCCAGCGGAUGGGAGGAUCUGGACGGAGCAGAAUUCAAACCCUGGCCCCAAGGGGCUUGUAUGGGACCCUCGGCCUGGCCCUUGUCUCUGAGCCUCAGUUUCUUCCUCUGUCAGAUAAGGGGAUCGGACUUGAGAUCUCUAAGCACCCCGAGAUCUCUGGUGGGGGUCUCUCGAUCUGAUCUGUGGCUCUUCCUCACUCCCGCCUUCAAUAAACGCUUCUUGAUUUGA